UCACCUCACGAGCGUUUCAGUUUUUUGACAAUUUCCACGCCUCUCGGCUCUCCUCCGUCUCUGUCUCUCCCGCUGGUCCGCCGAGAUUCUUGACAGAGGGUGGGUCGGCGAGUCGGUGUUCGUCUCAACAGAGGAUAACACGUGGAGUAGGAGGUCUUCUGUUGCUUUUUAGGGUUUCCGAAGCGAACGAUUCCGCCCUACUCUUCCUGCUCGUCGGAUAGGUGAGGCUAUGGAAUGGCUUGGAGCUGAAUGCGGCGAUAUUCACCGGUUGUUCUAACGCAUCCUAAUCUCCGGCGAAUUGUGGAGUAUGUGCGGCGUACCCGAGCGGAUGAGGCCUUGUUUGUCUUCAACCUUGCAAGAAGAGAAGGAAAAGAAGAACAUCGAUAUCGGCAGUGGUAGUCCUGCGGCCGUAAGAAUGACUUCAAUCGCGGCCGACACAGACGAACCGUUCAUGACCGUUCUCGAGCUCGCGGCGAACAACGACGUCGCCGCUUUCAAGCGAACGAUCGACCGUGCUCCUUCCUGCUUUGACGAGGUUGGCCUCUGGUACGGCCGCAAGAGAGGGUCAAAUCGGAUGGCGUUCGCUCACCGUACCCCGCUGAUGGUUGCCGCCACGUAUGGCAGCCUCGACGUCCUCGAGUUCCUUCUCUCGUUGCCUACCUCCGUUGUUAUCAACCGGGCUUCUGGGCAAGACGGCUAUACGGCCUUGCACUGCUCCGCGUCUGGUGGCUCUCCUAAUGCGGCCCGUGUAGUGAAGUUGCUUCUUUCCGCCGGAGCCGACCCCAACCUGGUCGAUUCCAACGGCGACAUGCCCGCCGAUGUGAUCGUCGUCUCCCCAAAGCUGCCUGAUGGGAGGGCUGCGCUGGAAGCUCUUCUAGGAAAGAGCUCUAAUGAUACAAGCGUGGAAGACCGCGGUCUUCGUGAGAUAACAGCAGUUUUUAACUCAGAUUCACCUCCUCUGUCUUCCUCCCCUGAUGCUGCUGGAUCCCCGUCGUCUGGCUCGGUUUCCUCGCCGAUGAUGACGGUAAAAGUUCCUGAAAUUCAACCAAAUGCUACGUCGGAGAAGAAAGAGUAUCCUUUUGACCCGUCGCUCCCUGAUAUCAAGAACAGCAUCUAUGCUACUGACGAGUUCCGGAUGUACUCGUUCAAAGUCCGGCCUUGCUCGCGAGCAUACUCUCAUGAUUGGACCGAGUGUCCUUUUGUUCACCCAGGCGAGAAUGCUCGGCGGCGCGAUCCAAGAAAGUAUCACUACAGCUGCGUUCCUUGCACGGAUUUCCGCAAAGGUGUUUGCAAGAGGGGUGAUAUGUGCGAGUAUGCGCACGGGGUGUUUGAGUGUUGGCUUCACCCAGCGCAAUACCGCACGAAGCUUUGCAAGGACGGAACUGCUUGUGUUCGCCGCGUCUGUUUCUUUGCCCACACUAAUGAAGAGCUCCGCCCGCUGUACAUGUCCACCGGUCCUGCCAUCCUUUCUCCCUUAUCGUCCUCUGCUGCAAUAGAGAUGGCUGCCGCAAUGACCCUCAUGCCUGGGUCUCCUGGCGCUGUAAUGCCUUGUUUUACUCCGCCCAUAUCGCCCUCUGUGAAUGGUAUCGAGCACUCUUCCAUGACAUGGGCUCAGCCAAAUUUGCCUCUGCUGCAUCUUCCUGGUAGCAAUCUCCAGGCUAGCAGGUUGCGAUCAUCUAUCAGUGCAAGAGACAUGCCUUUGGACGAUUUCUCUGUGAUGCCUGAAUCUAAUUCUCACCCGAUGCUAAUGGGUCCAUCUCAUUCUCGUUUGCAUUCAUCGCUGGGAGGCCAAAUGCCAAGAUCGAAGAUCCUAACUCCGUCUAACCUUGAUCAUCUUUUUGCUGUUGAAAUUACCUCUUCUCCAAACUAUAGUUCUGAUCAAGGCAAUGUUUUUUCCCCCUCCAACAGGACUGUUAUCCUCAACCAAUUUCACCAGCAACGGCAAUGCUCGUUAUCACCAAUCAAUACCCUCUACGCAACCAGAGCCAUAGACAACCAACAGCUGCCUGGACACUCAUCUCUCGUCCAACCCUCACUCGGCGUUCCUUCAUCUGGCAGCAUGUCCCCCAGAAGCAUGGAACCUGUUUCUCCAAUGUUAUCUCAUUUGCCCUUUCUUGCUCUAAGGAAGAAACAUCAGGAAGCAGCACUUCAUGACCUGAGUCCCCAUGGUGUUGGUUCUAUAACCUCCCCGGUCGUCGACUCCGCAGCUAAAUCCUCAUGGUCAGAUUGGGCAUCACCGCGUAGGGCAAUUGACUGGGGGGUGAGUCAUGAAGAACUUGGCCUUUUGAGGCAGUCAUCCUCCCUUGGGUUACAAGGUAACAAUGAGGAGCCUGAUCUUUCUUGGAUCCAUUCCCUAGUGAAGGAACCACCACCUGAGAAAAUGCUCAAUGCUUCAGCAAGGCUUGCUGGGCCUUCCCUUUUGCUGCCUGCCAAUGGAGCCGAGGUCACCAAUUCUGAUUAUCAGUAUGAUAUCCUUGAUCAAGCUGAUGGUCUCUGCGAUUGGCUCAAGCAUUGUCAGCUUGGUCGAAGCUAACUGAGUAAGUUUCAAUUUUUCUUCAACAAACUGAACUGCAGAUGAUGGUGAUUUUUUGAAAGAUCUUAGUAAAUAAGAUUUUUUUGAUUAGUAGGAUUCAACUUGAAUGAAGAUUAAGGAUAGUUCUCAAGAUUCGUUUUCUUAUAUAGACAAAAUUGAGAGCAUUGUUUAUAGUUGCUUUUAUAUUGUAUUAUUUAUUAGGAUUUUAACUAUAUUUCUUCUUUCAUUUUGAAAUUAUAAUCUAUAAUGUUU